AUGAGCGUCGUGGGUGUCGAUUUCGGAACCCUCAACACGGUCGUUGCCGUUGCGAGAAAUCGUGGUGUCGAUGUUAUCACAAAUGAGGUUUCCAACCGAGCAACACCUUCCCUCGUUGGCUUUGGGCCCAAGUGCCGCUACCUCGGCGAGGCCGCAAAGACCCAGGAAAUCUCCAACCUCAAGAACACCGUCAGCUCCCUGAAGCGACUCGCCGGCCGAUCGUUCAAGGACCCCGAUGUCCAGAUUGAGCAGCAGUUCGUCUCUGCCCCCCUCGUCGACAUCAACGGCCAGGUCGGUGCCGAGGUCUCGUACCUUGGCAAGAAGGAGAGGUUUACCGCCACUCAGCUGGUUGCCAUGCUGCUGAGCAAGAUCAAGCAGACCACCGCCAACGAGAUCAAGCUCCCUGUCUCGGACAUCGUCAUGAGCGUCCCCGCCUGGUACACCGAUGUCCAGCGCCGCGCUCUCAUCGAUGCCGCCGAGAUCGCCGGUCUGAAGCUUCUCCGCCUCAUCAACGACACCACUGCCGCCGCCCUCGGCUACGGUAUCACCAAGCUCGACCUCCCUGCCGCCGACGAGAAGCCCCGUCGCGUUGCCUUUGUCGACAUUGGCCACAGCGACUAUGCCUGCAGCAUUGUCGAGUACAAGAAGGGCGAGCUCGCCAUCAAGGGCACUGCCUGCGACCGUCAUUUCGGCGGCCGCAACUUCGACAAGGCCAUCGUCGACCAUCUCCAGAAGGAGUUCAUCGGCAAGUACAAGAUUGACAUCUCGACCAACCCCAAGGCCAUGACUCGAGUCGCCGCCGCUACCGAGAAGCUCAAGAAGAUCCUGUCUGCCAACCAGCAGGCCCCCCUCAACAUCGAGUCUCUGAUGAACGACAUCGAUGUCCGCGCCAUGAUCACCAGGCAAGAAUUCGAGGCCAUGGUUGAGCCUCUGCUGAGCCGCGUCCACAUUCCUCUGGAGCAGGCUCUCGCCGAUGCCAAGCUCACCAAGGAUGAUAUCGAUGUCGUCGAGAUCGUCGGUGGUGGCUCCCGUGUCCCCGCCAUCAAGGAUCGCGUCCAGGCCUUCUUCGGCAAGCCCCUGUCCUUCACCCUGAACCAGGACGAGGCCGUCGCUCGUGGCUGCGCCUUCAGCUGUGCCAUUCUGUCUCCCGUCUUCAAGGUCAGGGACUUUGCUGUCCAGGACAUCAUCAGCUACCCCAUCGAGUUCGCGUGGGAGAAGGCCCCCGAUAUUCCGGACGAGGACACCAGCCUCGUUGUCUUUAACAAGGGCAACAUCAUGCCCUCCACCAAGAUCCUCACCUUCUACCGGAAACAGCCUUUCGACCUCGAGGCCCGCUACUGCAAGCCCGAGGACCUUCCCGGCAAGACCAACCCCUGGAUCGGUCGCUUCUCUGUCAAGGGUGUUAAGCCCACCGCGGCACAGGACGACUUCAUGAUCUGCAAGCUCAAGGCCCGUGUUAACAUCCACGGCGUCCUGAAUGUGGAGAGCGGCUACUACGUCGAGGACCAGGAGGUCGAGGAGGAGAUCAAGGACGACGAGGAGAAGAAGGACGGUGAUGUGAGUGUAUACAAAUCCCCUUUUGUCGAGUCUUCACCGUCGAUCGAACAUUUCGAGUCGUCUUCCAUUCCUGCGAAACGUCCACGGCUUGACCCACAGCCCUCUGGAGAAGCGUCGCGCUUUCAUUUCUAUGACGUCCCCGAUGAGAACUCGAGACUAACUACUAUCAAGGCCAUGGACACCGACAACAAGGACGAGAAGCCCAAGACCCGCAAGGUUAAGAAGCAAGUACGGAAGGGUGAGCUGCCCAUCUCGGCUGGUCACACCGGCCUGGAUGUGGAUGCCAAGAACAGCCUCACUGAGAAGGAGGCUUCCAUGGUUAUGGAGGACAAGCUCGUGGCCGACACCGAGGAGAAGAAGAACGAGCUCGAGACCUACAUCUACGAGCUGCGAAACAAGCUCGACGACCAGUACGCCGAAUUUGCCAGCGACGAGGAGAAGGCUAAGAUCCGCUCAAAGCUCGACGCCAGCGAGGACUGGCUUUACGAUGAGGGUGAUGACGCCACCAAGGCUAUCUAUAUCGCCAAGAUGGAAGAGCUCCGGGCUCUGGCAGGCCCGGUCGUCCAGCGCCACUUCGAGAAGGUCGAGGCCGAGCGCCAGGCUCUGCAGGCCAAGCUCGAGCAGGAGGCUGCGGCCAAGCGGGCUCAAGAGGAGGCCGCUCGCAAGGCCGCCGAGUCCGACAAGGCUGCUCAGGGAGAGAACGCCAAGGACGAGGAGAUGACGGACGCUGACGCCCCGCAGCAGCCCAAGGUCGAGGAGGCCGAUUAG